CUCGGCGGGCGGUGUCCGGACGCAGGUACCGGCCAGAGCGGAGCUAGCAGCGCUGACGGGACCGGCCGGGCCGGGACCAGGGCCGGGGCGAGCGGAGGGGCCUGCGCGGCCGCCCGGCCCGGCCGCGGAUCAGGCUCCUGGGACCAUGGGCCUUGGGCCCUGAGGACACAGGGCUCCCUGUGGCCAUGACGACGGGUGACUGUUGUCACCUCCCCGGCUCCCUGUGUGACUGCUCCGAUAGCCCUGCCUUCUCCAAGGUCGUGGAGGCCACAGGCCUCGGGCCACCCCAGUAUGUGGCCCAGGUGACUUCAAGGGAUGGCCGGCUCCUCUCGACCGUCAUCCGGGCCUUGGACACACCGAGCGAUGGUCCCUUCUGCCGGAUCUGCCAUGAGGGGGCAAAUGGGGAGAGCCUACUGUCUCCAUGUGGGUGCACUGGCACGCUGGGCGCUGUGCACAAGAGCUGUCUGGAGAGGUGGCUUUCCUCGUCCAACACCAGCUACUGCGAGCUGUGCCAUACAGAGUUUGCAGUGGAGAAGCGGUCCCGAUCUCUCACAGAGUGGCUGAAGGACCCUGGGCCUCGGACAGAGAAGCGGACGCUGUGCUGUGACGUGGUGUGCUUCCUGUUCAUCACGCCACUGGCCGCUAUCUCAGGCUGGCUGUGCCUGCGAGGGGCCCAGGACCACCUCCGGCUCCACAGCCAUCUGGAGGCCUUGGGACUGAUCGCCCUCACCAUCGCCCUGUUCACCAUCUAUGUCCUCUGGACGCUGGUCUCAUUCCGCUACCAUUGCCAGCUGUACUCCGAGUGGAGAAGGACCAACCAGAAAGUGCGCCUGAAGAUGCAGGCUGAUGGCUCUGAGGGCAGCCAGCACUCCCCACUGGCGGCCGGACUCCUGAAGAAGGUGGCUGAGGAGACGCCCGUGUGAAGGCUGGGCCGGCCUUGCCGUCUGGGCUGGAGGCAGCUGGCAAUGCCCUGGUGUUCAGAAGGACAGAAACUGCCUGACCCUUCCUGCAUGGCGGGAGCGCUUCUCAGGCCAAGAGACGCCGAGCGGAGGAGCCGAUUCUGUGAUUCCUGAGUGAAGCUGUUUUCAGAUUGAUUUUGCACACUCUCGUAUGCGAGGAUGAUGAACAGACAGACGUGGUCCCAAGCUCCGGAUGGAGCAGGCACCCUGAUCUCAUUCUGAAGUCUCCCUGGCCCCUCCUGGGCCACCAGUCGUGGCCAGAGGCAAGUCUUGAGUGCCCAUCGGGCCGGGAGGCUCUGCAGGCUUCUUGCAUUUUCCUGCACCUGGCAGGCUUGCUUUCCAGGCACCCUUGACUUUAUAACGUUGCACCACAUUUCAGAACACCCCCCCUGCGAAUGAAUAAAAGAAGCCCCUUGCUGGACAAAAC